ACGUACACUCUCUCUUUCUGAAACCCACAAUACUUAGGCAAAACACCAUUUCCUCAUUUGUGAGAGUGAAAUGGGAAGAAGCCCUUGUUGUUCAAAGAAGGGUUUGAAUCGAGGUGUCUGGACAGCACAGGAAGACCAAUUCCUCCGAGAUUAUGUUAAUCUCCAUGGCCAAGGAAAAUGGAGGAACCUUCCUCAAAGUGCAGGUUUGAAGCGUUGUGGCAAAAGCUGCAGACUUCGAUGGCUGAAUUAUCUAAGACCAGGUAUCAAGAGAGGCAAUAUAUCAACAGAUGAAGAAGAACUUAUCAUUCGACUUCAUAAACUAUUAGGAAACAGAUGGUCUCUCAUAGCUGGAAGGCUUCCAGGCCGAACAGACAAUGAGAUAAAGAAUUACUGGAACACCAAUUUAUGUAAAAAAGUUCAAGAUGGUGUUAUGGCUGGUGAGUCUAAAACCAAAACCCCAUCUACACAGGAGAAAAACCUGCAUCAUGAUCAUCAGAAAGCAAAGGCUCAAUCAAUUACUCCUUCACCCCCUAAAAACAAUAUGAUAUAUACAAAGGCAUCCAAGUGCUCCAAGGUGCUUCUCCUGGAUCCUGUUCUCCCUUGUCCGUCAAUGCAAAUGCAGAGCGACAAUUUCAUCACAGAAUUAUUAGAAGAAGCAGGAGCAGAGUCAUUGCUUGUGGAUCAUGAUAGUGCUGCCACCAAAGAAGAUGGAAUUCUGGCAUUUCUCUUUGAUGAUGAUGAGAAGGAACUCUCCACUGAUAUUUCGCUCUUGGAUUUUGACAUUGGCGAAAUUCACUUGCCUGAUUUGCUCAACUCCAAUCUCUGGGAUGGGUGUGAACUGAAUUGACUUGAGCUACAACAACCAAGAGGAUCUAAUGCCUUUUUGGAGAGGGCACAAAAACCUUGGUGAUGUGACAAAUUUAGCAAAUAUCUGCUUUUCGAGUCACUAGCCCUCCACCGCAAUAAAUUUCGAGUCACUAGUCCUUCACUCAUUGGUCCAACUUAAAAAUUAUUUAUUGGUGUUUGUUGCAUGUGGUAUCUAAAAUCAGAUUAAUGUAUGAUACCUAAAAUGAGGUGUACAAAUAAACAUACAUGUUCUGAUUGAAUCUACAUUUAUAUAUUUAGAUUAA